AUGGCGUUCCUGCUGGUCACUUUGUGUUGUGUCUUUGCAACCCUGGGAUCGUUCCUGUUCGGUUAUGACUCCGGCGUCAUUUCGUCGACGCUGGAACAGACGGCCUUUUUAGAUCGCUUCAAUCAUCCGUCUGAUGCUGCUAUAGGAGGCAUAGUGGCCUCCUACAAUGGAGGCGCAAUUCUGGGCUCCGUCUUCGCUUCCUAUCUCUCCGAUCCAUUUGGACGCCGUCCUGGCAUGUUCGUUGGCGGAAUCCUGGCUUCUCUAGGAGCGGCAUUGCAGGCCGGUGCCACUAACGUCGCCAUGCUGAUUGCUGGCCGUUUGAUCGCUGGGGUGGCGAUUGGUCUGAUGUCCUCAAUCAUUCCGGUUUAUUGCAGCGAGGUAUCUCCGCCUCGAAUUCGUGGGUUUUUGGGUUCGAUGCAGCAAUGGAUGAUUGGCAUGGGGGUGGUGGUCGCGCAGUGGACGGGAUACGGUUGCUCUCUCCAUCACAGCGGCGAUUUUACCUGGCGCUUUCCCCUGGCGCUCCAGACCUUGCCGGCUGUCAUCCUUGUCGCAGGUGUCUGGUUCCUGCCCGAAUCCCCCCGCUGGCUGAUUGAAAAGGGUCGGGCCGAAAAAGGACGCGAUGUUCUCGCCCGGCUGCACCUCAAUCGCGAUCGUUCGAACGCCGAUCUGGUCGAGUUGGAGUUCGCCGAGAUUAGCGAGAGCAUCGCCGAAGAGCAACACCGGGGCGUUCGCUCGUGGCGGCAGCUGCUGUGCACCCGGGCCACAUGGCGUCGCCGCGUGCUACUUGCCUGCGGACUGCAAGCUUUCACGCAGUGCUCGGGGACCAACGUGAUCCAGAAUUAUAAUCCCGGUCUGUACAAGACCCUGGGCCUGAAGGAUCCCACGCCACUCAUGAUCCAGGGCAUUUGGGGCGCACUGGCGCAAUUCUGGAACUGCGUAUUCAUGCUCUUCAUUGACCACGUGCCCCGUCGCAAGUUGUUGAUCCCAUCUCUGCUGGGAAUGGGGGUCACGAUGUGCGUCGAGGCAGCGCUGGCUCAGGCUAACAACGGCUUCGCGGACCCUUCGGCCAACCCGAACGCCGUGCGUGCCGCCAUCGCCAUGUUCUUCGUUUUCUCCUUUUUCUUCACCAGCAUCGGCCUCAUUUCCUGGAUCUACCAGUCCGAAAUCUUCCCGACAGCCAUCCGCGCUCGAGGCUCCUCGCUAGCCACCGCCACGAACUGGAGUCUGAAUUUGGUCUUCGCCCAGUGUUCCCCAAUUGCCAGGACCAGUAUCGGAUUCAACUAUUUCUACUGUUUUUUUGCGUUCAACUGGGCCGCCGCCAUCAUCGUGUGGUUUUUCUACCCCGAAACAGCGGGCAAGUCUCUGGAAGAAGUCGAGCAGGUUUUCACUUCUGACUCGCAAGACUCGCAACUCAAUUUUGCGCCUUCGAGUGCUGAAGGCGACAGGUCAAAGAGUUGCAUGGCUGGGAGGUCCAAGAUUUAG